AUCUGCCUACGUUACAAUCGCGGCUCUAAAGGCGGCGGGGCCGCGGCGCCGCCCACAGCUGUGAGCCCCGGCGGGAGCCAGCGGCUCCUCCCGCGCUGCCAUCCGAGGGCUCCCGGCUGGACGGGACGGGACUACGAGAUCACAGCGACCCGUCCCGACAGCGGGUCCACCCGUGAGAGCUGCCCGCGAGCAUGGCUGGCAGCUUGAGGAAGCUUGUCAAAGCCGAGAGCUGCCAGCUAAUGCAAGAGAAACUAGAGAGCUGGGCUAAGGACUAUGAGAUCAAUUCCUGCGAUCAAAAUCUGAACCAGUGUUGUGAACUAUUAGAAAUGACAUCUGUGAUUCAAAGGCAGCUCUUCGCAAUCCUCAAUGAGACAUCUCAAGAAGGUGGGCAUUAUGCAGGUGUAGACACAAUAAAAACUCGUCUCCUGCCGUGGUUAGGGACUUCGUUUUCCUAUGCUACUUCAGGAAGGCUCUUUGAAACCAGCCUUUCCUUGACUCAGGAUUCAAUUGAGAAAGAGAGACAACUGAGGCAGCUGGCCACCAGUCAGACUUUUCAUCUACAGGAGCUGCAGGAAGAACUGACUUCAACUCGUCUGGAGCUUGACCAUGUGCAACAAGAUCUGAAGGCUUUUCGUGCCCAGGAGGAGGACUCACUGAGGAGGUUAGAGCAUCUGAGUGACUGUGAGCAGCAGAUUGAAAGGUUGUGGGAUGAGCUUACUAUCCUGGAGGCCCAAAAGUCUAUUUUGCAGAGCAGGAUUGCACGGAGCCGCUCUCCUUCCCCAAGGCGUGUGAGGAGCAGGUCACCUAGUCCUCUUCCCCUGAGGAGCUUCUCACCUGGCCGAGCCAGGAGAACAAAUGCUUCACGUCACACCUUCCUGGUUGCUCGCUUUGGGGACAUUUAUUCUAAAGAUCGCUUUGAUGCAGAGAGGAUUUUGAGGGCGUACAUCGAUGAUAUGGAGAUGGUACAGAGGAUAAUAUACACUGCAGUAGUGGAGUCAUUCCAAGCAGCAAAGAUGGCCUACAGGCAGUUCAAAAUACGUGUAAGAAAGACAUUAUCGAUAGGGCACACUGGGCCCGAGUCACUUGAAGACACUGUUAUGGAUUAUAUAGUUCGCCAUGAGGAUCUGUAUGAUGUUCAAGCCAGCGUCAAUGAAGUAAUUCGCUCCAUGAACAUCAGCCCAAAGAUUUCAUCCCCACCAGAACUUGAUUUUGCUGUCAUCAGCAGUUUUAUUCGAGAUCUGUGCCGUGUGGCUUUUUCAAUGCAGACACUCAUUCCUCCUCUUGACGUUGCUUUUGGUAUGGAUGGUGAGUUCUUCAGUGAGACCAAGUAUCAUCGCAGUGUUGACUCAGAUUACACAGCUGCCUUGGUGGCCUAUCAUGUAUGGCCUGCUCUAAUGGAAAAUGAUGUUGUGAUUGUGAAGGGAGAAGCAGUCACAAAAAGAGGAGCUCUGUGGUCUCACAGGAGCAGAAGUAGAAGUCGGAAUAGCAGCCGUAGCGUGAGUCCUCUUCUGUCUCAUUUACCUCGAAGCCGUAGUCCUUCACCACAGAGAUGUGGAAGUCCAAGUAGGGCAUUAAGAUAACUGGAUAAGUUCCUGUGAUCUGUACAUCUGGAUCCAUCAACAUUGCUUGUGCCUUUUCCUCUUCAAGGAAUACCUCAAGUGUCGCAAUAAUGUGAAUGGCCGUGAACUCUAAAUGGACUGUGUUAUGUUGUUUUUCUUUUCAGUGUGUUUUUAUAACUUUAGUAGUCUUAUUUAUGACUGUAGACACUAAUUCAGUCUUUCCAAUUUAAGAAAAAAGAAGUGUAUGCCAUAUGUGAUCAUAUUAAUUUGGCAAAGGUUACAGAGCACUGGGGAACUCUUGCUCUAAUCUUAUGGAAGGAUAUGCAAUAAUUCUAGAAUGGUUUCCCUAGAUACCAAACGCUUCCAUUUAUCUUGAUAGGAUCUUUAGCAUAACUUAAAUGGUGAAUGUUGAUGUUAGUUGUUACUUGAAAACAAUUUGAUUAGCUGGUGCUUAUUUACAGUUUUAGGGAAUGAGAUGUGAGAUUUUCACACACAUCCUUUUAAAUAUCUCCUUUGUCAAAUGAGUGACUGCCCAGGGUCCUGAGUUUUUUAUAUGGAAACAUAAGAUUUGUCAUAGUGAUUUUGAUAUACGGAGGUGUUCAAGGCCAGGUUGGAUGGGGCCCUGGGCAACCUGAUCUAGUAAAUGUGGAAGUUUGGUGGUUCUGCCAGGCAGGGGGGUUGGAACUUCAUGAUCCUUGAGGUCCCUUCCAAUCCGUGUCAUUCUGUGAUUCUGUGAUAUAUAAUUCAUCAGGUUCACUGUCUCAUCCCAGUCAAUAUUGGAUUUUUCAAAGGAGCAUUUAUCUCUGCAGUUUUGAGUAUAUAAACAAUUAGAAGCGAAAAACCAAACCAAACCAAAACCCUUUCUGCCUGCUGUUGCAAUAGCCUGUGCACUGGAACGUGACAGUUCAUUAGUGUUCCUGUAAUAGCAUGAACAAAAUAUUUUUAAUGAUUCUGAAAUCAUUUUGUUCUUAAGAUUAUGUUACAUGAACAAAUUCUGUGAUUCCUUUCCAGAGAUCUUGUACAGGUUUAUAUAUUCAUGCUCCUUCUCCCUACUUCUUGUGUGGUUUAAGACCUUGGCACGAAACUCUUUGGCACAGACUUCAGGCAGACUUUAGCAUUGGUCCCCAUGAAUCAUAGAUCAGCUGUACUCUUGUUCUACAAAUAUAUUUUCAUUGGAAUCAAGCCUGUUAGGAACCAAUGAGAGCAGAAUGAAAUCUCAUACAUAAAAUACCAUUCACAGAGUUUCCUCGGAUGAAUGAAGAAGACACAAGAGAAAGGUGCCUGCAUAUAUAUGUUGUACUUUAUCUAGGAUCAAGAGAAAAUAUAAAGUGGUAUGUGUCCUCAGAGCCUACUGAGAGCCGUUCAUCUGGGCUUGAGGUAAGCCUACAUAUUGCUUGAUUUUCCACAGCUGUGGAAAAAAAGAGCACCUGCAGAUUGUGUGGCAGCAGGAUCAUUAGGCAUCCCAAGUAUGAUUUUGAGCAACAAAAUGAAGAAUUUCUCAGAACUUUUUAUUAGCAAUAGCUAAAUAAUUGCACACUUUUUGGUUUGUUUUUGAAUUAGAAAGUGUGUUUUUUGUCUUCAGCCUGUGUUAUUUUCAGUUGAAGUAAGUUUCCCUUCCAAUUGUGAGAAUUAAGACAACAUUGAGAGCAUGUUUCUUCCUGACAAGCAUGAGAGGCAGCGUAGUUCCAGACUUGCACUCACCUAUGAUUGCAGUAGUUACUAGUAUCCCCAAAGACCUGAAAAAGGCUGUAAAAUAGAGAUAGACGCUGCUUGGUGGACCAUCUCAUCUUGUUCCACGUGUACUGGAUGAGCUAGUAGUCUCAAAAAAGAAAACUAGUGAAAAUAGCAGCUGAUGAGUUGUUAAUGUAAAAGUAGCUCUAGGACUUAAUUGCACUCAGUAGCCAGUUGUCUCUUUAUAGGUAUAUGCAGUACUCAUUGCCUGCAUAGCUUAUUUAUAGACAAUUACAUCCAUAGGCCAGACAGAGGAUUUUUUGGUGUCAGGUUAGACAUUAAUAGCUCUUAUGCUUCUUUUUGUACAUAUAACAACAGUGCAGAGAAUGCAUAACAAUAAAACUUAUGUGGAAUUAACCAUCAAAUGUGAAAGAGCACGUAAAAAAGGAUUGCUGUCAUAGUUUGCGAGACCCUGUGAAAGAAUGGAUUCUCAAUAUCAAGUUGAUUACUUGGUAAUUGAAUAAGAACUUUUAAAAUCAUAAGAUUCUUUUUUUUCCCUUUCUCUCAUUUGCAAGCCUGGGCAAUUCCACACUUGUAAAUAGUGUGAAGUAGGAACAAUAAUAUAAUAUAAGAAUGGAUUUUAAUAGGUGACUGAUUGAAAAAGUUAUUAAGGCUUAUAUUACAGUAUGGUUAAAGGAAACAAACUCUACAGCCUCAAGAAUGUAAAUGUGAAUACAAAUUAUCCAGGUGCUCCCAGGAAAAUGUAUGCCUGUCUUCCAGGUCUUGUGCCUUUAGGCUUCAUUUUUAUACUGCAUGUGUGUAUGAGAAAAUAUCAUAAUCCUGUAACAGUGCCAUUGAAAAUACCAUCCUUCAUCUUUAUGUAACCUUUAUCAGUCACUUUUGAUUAGGAUUAACUACACAAUGAUUUCCUUACUGCGGCAUUAAGUAGUCUAGCAUUAUAUUAAAGCAUUGGAAAUUGGUUUGUUAUGGCUUGCAGCUCUAAUAGUGUGUGCCAGACUGAAUGGUUUAAGUUUUAGGCCUAUACCCUAUUUCUUUCUCUCAUGCAGCAUGAUAAUCCAUUAUACUAAAAAAGCUGGCUUUAUGGUUGAAAGGUUGGAAAUAGAUAACUAUACACACACAUACACACACACACACACAUAUAUAUAUAUACAGGUAACUAUAGUUUGAGCAGGAAUCUACCUAACUAUAAUCAGGUGUAGAUAGAGUUGGAACAGUCUUUUAUACAACGCAUAUUUUCGUUUCUAAUCUGUGUAUGGUGUAUUGCUUGACCUAAAAAGCUCGUGUUUUAAAUGAAGUACUUUCUGAAGUUUGUCAGCCAUUAAAGCAAUGAAAUGUGUUUGGAACUUUAAAUGUCACCAUUUUGAUUUGAUUAAGACCAGAUAGUACCAUACGUUUUUCUCACCCAGACUUAAAUUUCAAGGAUGACUAACUACCAUCAAAGUAACAUCUCAACUUCAGUGAUUCUGAAUAAACAGCAUGUUUUAAGCCGGUAGCUCAAAACUGUGUUGUUAAUUAGGUUUAAUUUGGUGGAGAACUAAUAAAAUAUCAGCCUAAAAUGUC